AUGCCUCCGCCAGCUCCAUUCCAGUUCAGAGGAAACUCAAACUACCGUGGCUCGCGUCCAAAACACGAGUUCACUUUCCGAUACCAGAAACCUGCCACCUCGGAUCGACCGUUGCUAUCGACGAAGAUGGAAAGCGCACCGGAAUUGCUUCAGGGAGACACAAUGCCUGGAUUCAAAUUUGCAUCACUUGCCAGCUUGAGCGACAGCGAAGAGGCAGAAAUGGAUAUGUCUGAUGACUCCGACGACCGACCGCGCAAGAAACGCGUGCUGGGUGUCGAUGGGUCCCAAGACACUAUACCAACUCCCUCUCCUGUUCCGAAAUGGUCGAACCCCGAUCCAUACACCGCACUGCCGCCUCCGUCUGAAACCACAAAUAAAAGGAUUGAUGUUGUCAAACUGAUUCGCAAAGCGAGACUUGAUAUCACCCAAAAGGUGGAUGAGACAGAUGCAGUCAAGCAGAACUCAGACUUCAUUUCUCUCGGCAUGGAACCUGAACCGGAAACCGCCCAGACCAAGGCUCCCGAGAAUGCCCCCAGAGGACCAAAGGCCCAGGAAACUAUCGAUCCCGCUAUCACGAGUCGCAAGCGAACCCGUGACGAUGAAAUUAAAGGUUACUCUAGAAAGACCGGCAAGCCCGCCAGCAGGUACAGCUACGAUGGUUCAGUCAUCGAUCAAUGGAGAGCAUUAUCUCAUGAGACAGGCACACCAUGGUUCGAGAGCACACCAGCUGCCCUGCAUGUGGGAACCCAGCUGCAUAAUGAGAUUCUCAGCUUCUAUAACUGGGCCAAGCCACAGGAAUUCGAACACAUCGUCCGCGCAGAUCUUGUCAACCGCUUGGAGACUGCAUUCCGAAACCGAUACAAUGGUAUUAAAAUCAAGGCCUUUGGGUCUUUCGCCUCGGGUCUCUAUCUUCCCACGGCUGAUAUUGAUCUGGUGCUGCUUUCCCAUACAUUCCUACACAGGAAGAUUCGAACGUUCGGAGAGAGAAAGGGUCAAAUCUAUGCCUUUUCGGCUUUCGUCAAGAGCUUGAACAUUGCUGUCCCCAACUCCAUCGAGUGCAUUGCAUCCGCCCGCGUGCCAAUUCUCAAGUGGGUGGACAAGCUAACUGGACUACGAGUGGAUCUGUCUUUCGACAAUGACAGUGGCUUGCUUGCCAACGACACAUUCCAGAUGUGGAAAGCCCAGUUUCCAGAGCUGCCGGUCAUUCUGGCGGUGAUCAAGCAGUUCUUACUGAUCCGUGGGCUCAAUGAAGUUCCGACUGGUGGACUAGGAGGUUUUUCCAUCACCUGUUUGGUCACAAAUAUUCUGCAACACAUGCCCCACGGCAAUGUCCAGCCCAACCUAGGAACCAUUUUGCUGAAUUUCCUCAAUUUCUUCGGAAAUAAAUUCAGCUAUGACAAAAUGGCAAUCAGGAUGGACCCACCUGGCUAUUUCAGCAAGUACUAUUUCGGAAAUCCCGAUCGUCUCACAAUCGAAGAUCCCAAUAACCGUGAUAACGACAUUUCAGGUGGCACGAAGGAAAUUCAAUUGAUCUUCCGGACAUUUUCAAAGGCGUUCGAUACUCUGAAGAAUCGCAUGGAAUAUCUUGCCCUUGUCCAAGGACCGAACAAGAGCAUUCUCGGACCCAUCAUUGGGGCGAACUUUGACGAAUAUCUUGAACAACGCUUCCAACUACGUCAGGUGUUUAUGACCGAACAGAGAUUCGCUUCUUACAGGGUGCCUCCGCCGCCUCCGCCUCCGCCCGCAGGACCUCCUCCGGCCGAUGAAGCCUGUCCGCCUCCCCCGCCGCUGCCUGCUGGACCCCCUCCUUUUGACGGGACCAGCUCUCCUUCCUCCUCAGCGUCCGCGGAUACCCAGCCCCCUAAAAAGCGCGCCAAAAAGACCAAAUCUAAGUCGACGGGCACUAAAUCUGAACCAGUUGACAUUUCUUCUGAUGAAUCACCGGAACAGGGAGAAACAAAGGCAGCUAAAGCUCGAAAGGGUGAGGCAAGGCGUAUCAUGUGUCAGGAACGUGCUGCCAGACUUAAACGCCUGAGGCCCGAUCUCAAGAAAAUCCCCAAUACCCUCAGUCUUAGACAAGCCCGCCGUCAUGCAGGCUACGAGACCGAUGCGGAGAUGAACGCGGAUCUGGAUGCCAGAGAGAAAAGGCUUCUCGCCUCUGGUUAA